CAACUUCAUAAACGAUCGGGAUCAAAUGACAUUUUAUUCUGAACACAGCAAACAAUCAUGGCUGAUGAUAUAAAAAGAAAAGAUGCGCAGAUGAGAGCAACCAUCAACCAAAAAUUGGUGGAAACUGGGGAGCGUGACAGAUUAAAAGACUUGCUAAGAACAAGACUGAUAGAGUGUGGAUGGAGAGAUCAACUGAAGCAGCAUUGUAAAGAGGUUGUAAAGCAGAAAGGACUGGAACAUAUAACAGUCGAUGAUUUAGUCGCGGAAAUAACACCGAAAGGAAGAGCUCUUGUACCCGACAAUGUGAAAAAAGAAUUGUUACAAAGAAUUAGGACAUUCCUUGCCCAACAGGCUGAUAAUUGAUCUUGGAUCUGGAGCUUCCCAAAAUGUUGUAUGAUUGUCCUAUGGACAUGAUAUACCAUAAAUAUAAUUAUAGAUACAUCACCGUCAUCUAAUGAGCCACCUAUUAUAAGAUCAAUGUAGUAGUGUAAAUCAUUGAGUCCUGUAGAGAGACACUUUCUGUGACUGUGUAUAUAAUUCUUUCAUUUUCAUUUAUAUGCAAGACAAUAUUAUGAUUCAAUCUAUAAAUUUUAUAUGUGUAACGUUAAUUUAUAGUAAGGAAUUCCAGAUGUGUACAUGUGUCAAAUUUUAAAAUCUUUAAUAACUGAGUUAUGAUGUUGCAUCAUUUAAAUGUUUAGUGUCUUUUAAGCAGAUUUAUGAUCUAAUCAUUACUGGUAUGAUAUUGGGGAAGAAAAUUCUGAUGUACUUUUUUUCCCCGCAUUUUAUUUUUAAAUUUUAAGUACGCAAGUUUGAUCUUCUUACAGAGACAUAAAUAACGUCUCUGUCUUCUGAAUAGCAAGUCCAAUAAAGGCAUACCUGUACAAUACUAGGAUUACUUUAUGUUAUUCAGUAUUAAAUCAGUCCUGGUAAUAAGAAAAACGACACAUGUUUUUAUUGUUAUUGACUUCCAAAUAAUAAAUAAAAAUGACGAAAUGAUAA